CCGUCGCGGCGAGAGGCAUCGACGUCGUCCAAGGAGCGAGUGAACUAGUGCUGCGUCAUGUUGGGCGUCGCGGUGUUCCUGACGGCGAUCUUGGCGGUGGCCGGGGAGGACGUCUAUCCUACUGACGUUGACUAUACCCUCGACGUCUUGGAUCCCUCCAGCCUCGUCGGUCAGCUGACUGUAUCUCAGCUGAAGGAGCUCAUCGCGGAGACUAUGACCCAAGCAAUAAUCCCUCUGCACCACAACUGCACCGACUACAGCGAGAUGGGCGACUGCGGCCUUGUGGUGGAGCACAAACUGUGCGGCGCCAAGGAGUUAUAUGCGCGCUACUGCUGCCGCUCCUGCACCUUGGCCAAGCAGAUCCCCACUUACGGGCCUCAUCUCAGCCUCACCGCAAAGGUCCCGAUAAGCAUCAACGUCACUACAGACACGAUAAGGUACCCCCGGGGAAGUAACGUCACCAUCACCUGCGAAGCCACAGGGUACCCGACGCCCGAGGUUGUAUGGUUCAGAAAUUAUAAUGAAAUCAGCAGCACGGGGGAAUACCAUGAAGAGACCGAGGUUCUUGGCGGAAUCCUGAUGAAAACGAUACGGAGUAACCUCAUUAUUGAUAACUUUUCGGUGGAUUAUUCGCAUUUCCAGUGCAUGGCCAUCAACAGCGAAGGAAUUGCUAAAAGCUCCAUUACUAUAUAUAUUGAGGAUGAGCUUUCAGUCGACCUCUUUCCGGAAGUGCCAAUCAUGGAAGCCAAGGACGACGUGGUCCUCGACUGCGUGGCCACCGGAUCCGACGUCAACGAAGUCAUUUGGUUCCGGGAAGUCGAGCUUAUCCACAACUCGAAUGAAUAUAGGAUUAUUGAGCGGAGGUCUUUCGAGGAAGGACUUACGAAAAUCCACUCCAAGCUGACUAUUCUGAGGCACAAGACGGAAGACAGCGGCAGUCUCUUCACCUGUUCCGCGAUCGACAGAAAGGGAGGGAACAAGGAGAAGUGGAAGAGAGUCUACAUCUCAGACGACUCCACCUGCAGCCCUUUACUCUGCGAAGUGAACGCCUCGCUCCUCAUUAAGGGAAUCAAAAUUAGCGACACCGGCAAGUACAUCUGCAGGACCUCCAAUGUGAUCGAUAUGAAAGAUGCUACCGUCCUGCUACGACUUACGGAAGAUGGAGAAAUAUACAUCGACGUCGACUACAACGACUCCACCUGCAGCCCUUUACUCUGCGAAGUGAACGCCUCGCUCCUCAUUAAGGGAAUCAAAAUUAGCGACACCGGCAAGUACAUCUGCAGGACCUCCAAUGUGAUCGAUAUGAAAGAUGCUACCGUCCUGCUACGACUUACGGAAGAUGGAGAAAUAUACAUCGACGUCGACUACAGCUCAGGGAACGGUAGCUUCUAUCGACAAUCACAGUCGAGCAAAGAAGCACAGAAUCAGGAUGCCGAGGAUUCCCCGGCGCCUCUAAAAGUAGGUCAGUGUUGUCUCUUGGCCUUCCAAAGGUGCCCCACGGCCAUUGCGAUGCUGCCCGUCGGACCCUCCUAUGGUGGCCCUUCGUGUCCACAUGGCCCUUACAAUAUGCCUCUUUGGGCCUUCCAUUGGUACCAUUUAACCUUUUUACAUGUGGGCCUCUAUUCUUCGGCCUUCUACAAGUGCUUAUCUGGUAUUGGUGUUCCUUCAACUCUACCAAUAUUACCCCGUCGGCCCUUCAAGUGGUGCCACAACGGCCCUCGCAAUGGUGCCUUUGCGGCCCUACCAAUGUCGCCCUACGUGGCUUCUGUGGCACUUCCAAUGGUGUCUUUUUGGAGUUCUUUCAUGCUGUAUGAUAAUAAUGGGCAUAUAAUGCUAAUUGAUUAA